UGACGUCAGCGCCACGCCACCACCGCCGCCACUAUAUAAGCAGGCCGAGAGGCAUAGCAGCCAUCAGUCCUCGACGCACCUCAGCCCCCGACAUGGCCCUCAAGCUCGUCCUUCUCUCCGCCCUCGUGGCCGUCGCCCUCGCCGACAACGCCCCCUACAGGCCACCACCUCCCCCACCCACCUACAGCGCCCCCACACCAUCCUACCGCGCCCCUGCACCAUCCUACAAUGCACCCCAGCCAGUGAGUCCCCCCAAGUAUGACUUCAGCUGGAACGUCAAGGACGACUAUUCCGGCAACGACUACGGCCACCAGGAGGCGCGCGACGGCUACGACACCCAGGGAUCCUACUACGUGCUGCUGCCCGACGGCCGCCUGCAGGAGGUCACCUACACCGUCAACGGCGACUCAGGCUUCGUGGCCCAGGUCAACUACCAGGGCGAGGCCCAGUACCCAGCACAGCAGGGCUAUGGCUCAACCCCGUCCUAUCAGGCCCCUGCCCCGUCCUACCAGGCCCCCGCCCCAUCCUACCAGAGGCCCCGCCCGUCCUACGCGUAAUGCUCCUCAUGACUGACGGCCAAGUCUUUCUGUCUUUGUAAAUACUCCGUUACACCAGUGCGUGAUUGCUUCCCAAAGACCAAUAAAUCAAUGCUAUAAAGAAA